AUGGAGGGAGGGGAGAGCAGCGGCAAGAGGGCGAGUGCGGAGGAAGUGAAGUCAGACAUAGAGGAAGGAGAGGUGCUGAUGACGCAGGACGGAGGCGGAGGAGGGCGCGCGUUGGCGGCGGCGGAACCCAUGGCGCCGGCGCAGAUCGACGUGAGGAUGGACCUGACGCUGCUCCACUGCCUGGGCUGCCUCCUCCCCCUCAAGCCCCCCGUCUUCAAGUGCGAGGCCGCCGGGCACGUCGUGUGCUACCACUGCCGCGCCGUCCACGGCACCAUCUGCAGCCGCGCCAGAACGCACUGCGGCGAGCUGGACGCCGUCGUGGGCGCCGCCAAGGUGCCGUGCCCCUACAGGGCGUUCGGCUGCGAGCGCCAGGUCGUGUACCACGAGGCCGCGGACCACCAGCGCGCGUGCGAGUGCGCGCCCUGCUCCUGCCCGGACCACACGUGCGCCUUCGCGGGCUCCCGCGCCACGCUCCUCGACCACUUCGCCGCCGCCCACCGGCGCCCCGCCGCCACGGUCCGCUACGGCCGGUCCCGGGACCUCGGCCUCUCUCCGUCGCACCGCUGGCACGCGCUCGUCGGGGAGGAGGACGGCAGCGUGUUCCUCGUGUCCCUGAGCCCGCUCGGCGCGGCCACCGCCGUGUCGCUGGUGUGCGUCAGGCAGGACAGCGAGGCGGCGCCGCAGUUCUGGUGCAAGCUCUCCGUGGAGCGCCUGGGAGGCGGCAACAGGGACAGGCUGGUCCUCAUGGCCUCGCCUGUGGGCAGCAGCGCGCUGUCCACCGGCGCGCCGGCGCCGGGGCAGGGGAUGUUCUUGGCCGUGCCCCACGAGAUGCUCUCCGGCGACACGCUCACGCUCACCGUCCGCAUUGACCUGAUCCGGCCUGCACCUGUCCCCGCCGCUCCCAUGUCGACAACACAACAGGCUAGGACGCAGAGGAGGAUGCAGUGAAGCAUAUGCGGUCCAUGAUCUUCUGCACUCUGCAUGUUAUGUCUAUCAGACUAUGAGACUAUGAGGCUGAGCUGUGUACUGUGUAGGCAGUAGUAAUGCAACUGAGUGAAGUGCAACUGUGUAACCGACUGAAGUUAACUUGGAGAUCCUGAACCUGAGUAUAUUCUGUUCUUUUAGAACCUGCACCAGGGUAUGUAGAGUGAAGUACAUUUUGUGAGACAUUUUGUUCUAGCUGCUUUUACUGUACUGCAUCAGGUUGUACAUGUUGAAGUUCUUCAGUGUUUUGUUCACAAGAAAUGAACUUCUGUAAAUUAUUAUUUUUUCUCUUCA